UCUUCGGUAUCGGAAAUAAGGACCCUUUAUUUACAUCUGUAUUGGGCGUGGCCUAAAUGUACAAAUCCACGCCCCUACCGUCUCCUGACCAAUCAAACGAAUAAGGGGGUGGAGCCGUGACGUUGCCAGUCAUGUGUGUUGGCUGAUGACGUGUAUAAUGUCGCCGACUAGCUAGCCUGACAAGGUAAACUGCAUCAGCGACUUUCUUCCCGGCCGUCAAACGGAACAAUCCCUGGAUUUGUUAUUGAAGCGGACGAAAGCACAAGAAAACGUCACAAGUUAUUCCGCCCCCCCGCCCCUGGAAGUUAAAAUGGUUUUGCACAAUGGCAAUAUCCAUCUGUUCUCGGUUUGAGGGCUGCGCAAGACCACUUUUUUGUCGGACCUAAGAGCGACAAAUUCCACUUCCUGUCUGGAAGGCCGUAUUAAGAGCAAAAUGUUUGCCAAGCUGAAGAAGAAGAUCGCCGAAGAAGCAGCCACAGUACCGCGGACGGGCGUUCGAAUCCCUCGCACCUUCAGCAAGGAAUCCAUCGCCUCCGUGGAGGCCGACUCGGGGGAUGACUUUGCAUCGGAUGGGAGUAGUUCCAGGGAUGACCUACCAGCCCAGCUUUUAAGGAGGAACACUCAGAUUCGUAAGCUGGAGGCCAAGCUAUCAGACUACGCUGAGCAGCUACGAAUAAUGCAGAAGACCAAGGAGAAGCUUGAAAUUGCAUUAGAAAAGCACCAGGAUUCGGCCAUAAAGAAACUGCAAGAGCAGAAUGAUUUUCACCAGGCCGACAGAGCCAAAAUGGCGGAGGGGUUGACGCUGGCUCUGGACAAGAAGGACCAGGAAUGGAUGGAGAAGAUGGCUCUUAUGGAAAAGGAGAAGUCUGACUUAUCGUUAAGACUGAACGAGAUGAUGGAGCAAAGCUUGGCACUUUUCCAAAAGAGGGACGAUUUUGACGAGCUGGAAGGUUUUCAGCAACAGGAGCUUGCUAAAGUCAAACACAUGUUGCUGAGAAAGGAAGAACAGCUGAGUCAUCAUCGGCGGGACCUCCAGCAGAAGGUGGCAGAACUUCACGCGGCCAAGCAAAGGCUUUCUGAAAGUCGGGAACAACUUCAAGCCUUACGAACGCAGCAUGAAGAGAGCUCCACACUCAACACUGAGCUGGAAAUAGAACGAGAGGAACUGCUGCUGCUCAGAGAAAAGGCAGACAAGAAGAGCGCCGAGCUGGAGGAGCGAAACCGCAAGUUACGCUUGGUGGUCCAGCAGGGCUCCGAAGACUUGCAAAAGUCACAGAGUUUGGUGUCCUCCUUAGAGGGGUCCCUCCAGGAUCUACAGACGGAACACGACGCCCUGAAACUGCAACAAAAAAAGGCCGCUGUCACUGAGGAGGACAAGGAUCGCCUGUUAGGGGACCUUCAGAAGAAAGUCAGCUCCCUGGAGAGGAGGCUGCAAGGAAACCUGAGCCAGGACGAGCACCUUCUGGAGCUUCUUCAGGAGAAGUCCGGUCUGGAGGAAAGACUGGAAGAGGCCAGAAGAGAACUCCUUGAACUUCGCACGGAGCAUGCGGACACUGUCAGUUCCUUCAACGCACAGGGAUCCAGACUGACGUCCAGCAUUGCAGAGCUGCAGACACUUCUUCGACAUAAAGAUGAAUCCUCCAGGUCUUACCGAGAGAGAACAGACACACAAAUAGCAAACCUGGAGCAGCAGCUCCAAGAAAGUUGUGGUAGUCUAAAGAGUGCAGAGCAGCAGAUUGCAGAAGAAAAACAACUGGCGGAUAAACUGCAAGAAGAGUGGAGUGCAGACAGAGCCUUUUUGGAUCAGCAGUGGUGUUUGGUUCAGCAGCAGAGUAAAGAGAAGCUCGACCAGCUGGAGAAGAACGUCGCUGCUUUGCAGACAGAGAAACAUACAAUGCAAGAAACCAUGGCUGGCUUGGAAAGGCAAAGAGAGGAGGCAAAUGUGGCUCUGACGCAACAGAAGGAAGAGCUGGAUGAGUGCAAGGCGGCGUUGGAUGGCCAGCAGACGGUUAGCGCUGAAAUGGCUAAAGCUUUAGAGGAAAGCAGGCGACAGAGAGAGGAACUGCAAGCACAGGUUGGGGAGUUGACCAUAUCUCUGCAGCGCUCACAGGAGGAAUUGUCCGCGCUCGGUGACAAGCUGUUGUUGCGAGAGAAAGACAUCCCAAUUCUCCGUGAAGAGUUGCAGAGUCGCCAGGUGUCGCUGCUCCAGCUGCAGGAGGAAUUUGAGCAGCAGCGGAUCCAACGAGGGCAGAUGGAGCUGGACAAAGACUCCCAGCUUACUGUCCUGAGAGGGGAGCUACUCAGCCAGACUCAACAGCUCGACCGCUGUCAGGCUCGAAUCUCCUACUUGGAGGUGGAGGUGGAGACCCUGACGGAGCAGCUGCAAAGCCCCGCUGCGUGUGAGGAGGAUCACAAUGGCAGCUUGAUGAUGGAUGACCUCGACAAUGUUCACAAGGUCAACAGAGAGCUGGAGCAGCAGCUCAGCGACAAGACCAGGACUAUCAAACAACUGCAGCAGCGAAUGGCAGAAUUGAAGAGGACCUUGCAGAAAGAACUGAAGCUGAAGUCCGAGCCAGAAGACGACGCGAAGGAGAGGAGCCAAGAAAGCCGCGUUGAGAGAGAAGAGAGAGUUGGCGCAGACGCGCCCCGACACAGCCCGCCCACUUCCAACGCCACCGUCACCAACACCUCAGACCUCAACGACUCGCGGGAGAUCAACUUUGAGUACUUGAAGCACGUGGUGCUGAAGUUCAUGUCGUCCAGAGAGGCGGAGGCCUACCAGCUGGUACGAGCCGUGUCUGUGCUGCUCAACUUCACUCGCGAGGAGGAGGACAUGUUGAAGCAAACCAUCGAGUAUAAAAUGUCCUGGUUCGGAUCCAAGCCGUCUCCAAAGGGAACCAUCAGGCCCUCGGUCUCAGGCGCGUCCAGCCAGUGGAGCUGAAACAUGAAGAUCAUCUUCAGGUGUCCAACCUCUCAUCUUUGAACACUUGACAUAUUAUCCAACUCUAAUUCUUCCUUUCAAAUAACAUUUUUUUGAACAAUCAGUGCAAAUGUCCACCGUUGGCAUUUUUUGUGUCAGUACCUGACUUUUGAAGCUUUUCAUGAGCAGACUUCCUUUUUGUCAACGUUUAAGGACAGACUAUAUGACACCAAGGUGUUUGAAACCACAAACAGCAAAGGAAAUCCUCACAUCCUUUUGUCUGUGAGGCAACGCCUACAUUUUGCCACCCAAUCGAGGAAAAAAAAGGUAAAAAUGUUUGAAAUAUUUUAGCAUUAAAAAUACAAUUAAACUUUACUGAAACAUUCAACAAUAUAAUUGGGGAACUGCCGAUGCUGUUGAUUUCGGUAAGUUAUAUAAUUGUAAAUGUAUGUACAGUAUAUGUAUGUAAACAUUGUAAAAACUCAAUCAUCUGUAGGUUUUUAUGGUUCAAAACUGGCAGCUCAGUCGCAAUAACGUUACUGUAAAAUAUAGGGUGGAAAAUUACCAGUUUUUACAUAAAAAUAAUGGCGACUAAAAAAAUAACCCCUGUGCAUUUUUUCAUUGACCGUAAUUCGCUGUAAGAAAACAAAACAAAAAACCUACCAUGAAUUUUACAGUAAAAUUCUGGUGACCAAGCUGACUUUUUUUUUUUACUGUUAAAUUCAUGGGCGUUGUUUUGACAGUGUUUUACUCUAAAGGAAAAAUAGUACCAAUGUUUUUACAAUAAAAUUAUGUCAACUACAAAAAUAAUUAUUUGUUAAAAAAUUAAUUAAUUAAUAAAUUAAAAAAAAAAAAAUUUUUACGGUAAAAUUCUGGUGACUAAAAUGACAUUUUUCCUUAUUGUUAAAUAUAUAGUCGUUUUUAGCGAUGUACUGUAAAGGAAAAUAGUAACUUUUGUUUUUACAAUAAAAUUAUGGCAACUAAAAAAUAACCCCUGUACAUUUUUUCAUUUACAGUAAUUCGCUGUAAAAAAUAAAAAAAAGAUUUUACGGUAAAAUUCUGGUGACUAAGCUGACAUUUUUUCUUACUGUUAAAUAUAUAGUCGUUGUUUUUACUGUAAAGGAAAAAUAGUAGUUUUGUUUUUACAAUAAAAUGAUGGCAACUAAAAAAUAACCCCUGACAUUUUUUCAUUGACAGUAAUUCGCUGUAAAAAAAUUUAAUUAAAUCUACCUGUACUAUGAAUUUCAUGGUAAAAUUCUGGUGACUAAGAUGACAUUUUUUCUUACUGUUAAAUAUAUAGUCGUUGUUUUUAGCGUUUUACUUUAAAGGAAAAAUGGUACCUUUUUGUUUUUACAAUAAAAUUAUGGCAACCAAAAAAUAACCCACGGACAUUUUUUCAUUGACAAUAAUUCACAGUAAAAAACAAAACGAAAAAACUACCAUGAAUUUUACGGUAAAAUUCUGUUGACUAAGAUGACAUUUUUUCUUACUGUUAAAUAUAUAGUCGUUGUUUUUAGCGUUUUACUGUAAAGGAAAAAUAGUACUGUUUGUUUUUACAAUAAAAUUAUGGCAACUAAAAAAUAACCCCUGUACAUUUUUUCAUUUACAUUAAUUUGCUGUAAAAAAACAAAACAAAAAAACUACUAUGAAUUUUACGGUAAAAUGACAUUUUUUCUUUCUGUUAAAUAUAUGGUCAUUUUUUUCCAGUGUUUUACUGUAACGGAAAAAAUAGUACCAUUAUUUUUACAAUAAAAUUACGGCGACUAAAAAAUAACCCCUUUACAUUUGAUCCUUGACAGUAAUUCGCUGUAAAAAAACAACAACUCAAAAAACAAAAAAACUACCAUGAAUUUUACAGUAAAAUUCUGGUGACUAAAAUGAAAUUUUUCCUUAUUGUUAAAUAUGUAAUCGUUUUUAGCGAUUUUCUCUAAAGGAAAAAUAGUACAUUUUGGUUUUACAAUAAAAUUAUGGCAACUAAAAAAUAACCCCUAUACAUUUUUUUCAUUCGCUGUAAAAAAAAAAAAAAAAAGAUUUUACGGUAAAAUUCUGAUGAGUAAGCUGACAUUUUUUCUUACUGUUAAAUAUAUAGUCGUUGUUUCUACUGUAAAGGAAAAAUAGUAGUUUUGUUUUUACAAUAAAAUGAUGGCAACUAAAAAAUAACCCCUGACAUUUUUUCAUUGACAGUAAUUCGCUGUAAAAAAUUAAAUUAAAUCUACCGGUACUAUGAAUUUCAUGGUAAAAUUCUGGUGACUAAGAUCACAUUUUUUCUUACUGUUAAAUAUAUAGUCGUUGUUUUUAGCGUUUUACUUUAAAGGAAAAAUGGUACCUUUUUGUUUUUACAAUAAAACUAUGGCAACUAAAAAAUAACCCACGAACAUUUUUUCAUUGACAGUAAUUCACAGUAAAAAACUAAACAAAAAAACUACCAUGAAUUUUACAGUAAAAUUCUGUUGACUAAGAUGACAUUUUUUCUUACUGUUAAAUAUAUAGUCGUUGUUUUUAGCGUUUUACUGUAAAGGAAAAAUAGUACUGUUUGUUUUUACAAUAAAAUUAUGGCAACUAAAAAAUAACCCCUGUACAUUUUUUCAUUUACAUUAAUUUGCUGUAAAAAAACAAAACAAAAAAACUACUAUGAAUUUUACGGUAAAAUGACAUUUUUUCUUUCUGUUAAAUAUAUGGUCAUUUUUUUCCAGUGUUUUACUGUAACGGAAAAAAUAGUACCAUUAUUUUUACAAUAAAAUUACGGCGACUAAAAAAUAACCCCUGUACAUUUGAUCCUUGAAAGUAAUUCGCUGUAAAAAAACAACAACUCAAAAAACAAAAAAACUACCAUGAAUUUUACAGUAAAAUUCUGGUGACUAAAAUGAAAUUUUUCCUUAUUGUUAAAUAUGUAAUCGUUUUUAGCGAUUUUCUCUAAAGGAAAAAUAGUACAUUUUGGUUUUACAAUAAAAUUAUGGCAACUAAAAAAUAACCCCUAUACAUUUUUUUCAUUCGCUGUAAAAAAAAAAAAAAAAAGAUUUUACGGUAAAAUUCUGAUGAGUAAGCUGACAUUUUUUCUUACUGUUAAAUAUAUAGUCGUUGUUUCUACUGUAAAGGAAAAAUAGUAGUUUUGUUUUUACAAUAAAAUGAUGGCAACUAAAAAAUAACCCCUGACAUUUUUUCAUUGACAGUAAUUCGCUGUAAAAAAUUAAAUUAAAUCUACCGGUACUAUGAAUUUCAUGGUAAAAUUCUGGUGACUAAGAUCACAUUUUUUCUUACUGUUAAAUAUAUAGUCGUUGUUUUUAGCGUUUUACUUUAAAGGAAAAAUGGUACCUUUUUGUUUUUACAAUAAAAUUAUGGCAACUAAAAAAUAACCCACGAACAUUUUUUCAUUGACAGUAAUUCACAGUAAAAAACAAAACAAAAAAACUACCAUGAAUUUUACAGUAAAAUUCUGUUGACUAAGAUGACAUUUUUUCUUACUGUUAAAUAUAUAGUCGUUGUUUUUAGCGUUUUACUGUAAAGGAAAAAUAGUACUGUUUGUUUUUACAAAAAAAUUAUGGCAACUAAAAAAUAACCCCUGUACAUUUUUUUCAUUUACAGUAAUUUGCUGUAAAAAAACAAAACAAAAAAACUACUAUGAAUUUUACGGUAAAAUGACAUUUUUUCUUACUGUUUAAUAUAUGGUCAUUUUUUUCCAGUGUUUUACUGUAACGGAAAAAAUAGUACCAUUAUUUUUACAAUAAAAUUACGGCGACUAAAAAAUAACCCCUGUACAUUUGAUCCUUGACAAUAAUUCGCUGUAAAAAAAACAACUCAAAAAACAAAAAAACUACCAUGAAUUUUACAGUAAAAUUCUGGUGACUAAAAUGACAUUUUUCCUUAUUGUUAAAUAUAUAAUCGUUUUUAGCGAUUUACUGUAAAGGAAAAAUAGUACCUUUUGUUUUUACAAUAAAAUUAUGGCAACUAAAAAAUAACCUCUAUACAUUUUUUUCAUUCACUGUAAAAAAUAAAACAAAGAUUUUACAGUAAAAUUCUGGUGACUAAGCUGACAUUGUUUCUUACUGUUAAAUAUAUAGUCGUUGUUUUUACUGUAAAGGAAAAAUAGUACCUUUCUUUUUACAAUAAAAUGAUGGCAACUAAAAAAUAACCCAUGACAUUUUUUCAUUGACAGUAAUUCGCUGUAAAAAAAAAUAAAAAUAAAACCUACUAUGAAUUUCAUAGUAAAAUUCUGGUGACUAAGAUGACAUUUUUUCUUACUGUUAAAUAUAUAGUCGUUGUUUUUAGCGUUUUACUGUAAAGGAAAAAUAGUACCAUUAUUUUUACAAUAAAAUUACGGCGACUAAAAAAUAACCCUUGUACAUUUUAUACUUGACAGUAAUUUGCUGUAAAAAAAACCCCUCAAAAAACAAAAAAACUACCAUGAAUUUUACGGUAAAAUUCUGGUGACUAAAAUGACGUUUUUCCUUACUGUUAAAUAUAUAGUCGUUGUUUUUACUGUAAAGGAAAAAUAGUACCUUUUGUUUUUACAAUAAAAUGAUGGCAACCUAAAAAUAACCCCUGUACAUUUUUUCAUUGACAGUAAUUCGCAGUAAAAAAAAAUAAAUCUAUGAAUUUCAUGGUACAAUUCUGGUGACUAAGAUGACAUUUUUUCUUACUGUUAAAUAUAUAGUCAUUGUUUUUAGCGUUUUACUGUAAAGGAAAAAUAGUACCUUUGUUUUUACAAUUAAAUUAUGGCAACUAAAAAAUAACCCAUGAACAUUUUUUUAUUGACAGUAAUUCGCAGUAAAAAACUAAACAAAAAAAUUCUAUGAAUUUUACGGUAAAAUUCUGGUGACUAAAAUGAAAUUUUUUUCUUACUGUUAAAUAUAUAGUUGUUGUUUUUACUGUAAAGUAAAAAUAGUACCAUUGUUUUUACAAUAAAAUUAUGGUGACAGAGAAUCAACCAUUGUACAUUUUUCAGUUAAAAUAAUUCACUGUAAAAAAACAAAAAAAACGUAAUCUUUACAGUAAAAUUUGGGCAAAAAUACUUUUUUUUUUUUUACCGUUAAAUAUACGAUCGUUGAUUUUACAGUGUUUUACUGUUAAUGGAAUAAUUGUACCACUGUUAUUUUUAAGGUAAAAUUAUGGCAACUGAAAAUUAACCCUAGUACAUUUUUUCAUUUACUGUAUAAAAAAAACUACUGUGAAUUUUACGGUAGAAUUAUGGUGACUAACGUGACACUUAGUUUUUAUUGUAAAGUUGUUUUUUUUUACCAUAAAAUAUACAGUCGUUUUUACGGUGCAUCACUGUAAUGGGGGGGAAAAGUACCACCGUUAUUUUUUAAGUAAAAUUGUGGUGACUGAAAAUUAACCCUAGUACAUUUUUCCAUGUACAGUAAUUUACUGUAUUAAAAAAAACUACUGUGAAUUUUACAGUAAAAUUCUGGCGACUAAUGUGACUUUUUUUUUUUUUACUGUAUUUUUUAUAUAUUGUUUUGCCUUUAAAAUAUACGGCCAUUUUUUUUUUUUACUGUAUUUUUUUUUUUUUUUUUGCCAUAAAAUAUACGGCCAUUUUUUUUUUUUUUACUGUGUAUUGUUAAUGUAAACAUUUUUUUACCACAGUUAUUUUUACAGUACAAUUCUGGUGACUGAGCAUGAACUAGUACCUACUAAUUUCCAUUAAGAGUAGUUCGCUGUAAAAAAAAAAAAGCUACUUUGAAUUUUAUGCUAAAAUUCUGACGACUGAGCUGCCAGUUUUUUUUACUGUAAAAUCUGCCGAUGUUGUUUUUACAGUGUAUACCUGUGUAUAAUAUAUAUAUAAAUAUGUAUAUAAAGUAAAGAGAUAUAUGUACUGUAUGCUUGGAGAACUUUAUAACAUGAUUUGAUAUCCUGUUCAGUAUUUAUUACAUAAACCUGCUUCUCACUUAUUUUGUGUUCCUUCCUCUUUGUCAGUACAAGAAAAUAUUUUCACAUCAGCUGUGAAAUGUUAAUAUAUUUUACAGUAGUCAUUUUUUAUUAUCCUUUUUUUUAAUUAAAUGGGAAUCAAGGAAUAGUUUAUGCUUUUUUCUUUUCUUUUUUUUUUUACUGUAAAUCCUGCUAACUCAACUGAACAUUCACAACAUCGUCCCGGAUUACUCGUCCAAAAGUGUAAACAUUUUGAAUUUAUGUCUUCCUCCGGGUUGCAUGGCUGCAAAUUUACUUUGAAUACGCUCUUGUUGGAAAACAUGGCAGGGUUUGGCAACCUUGUUGUGGUCGUGUUGAUCACCGCAAUGGAUGUCAAAUCCAAUAAAGAAAAAGAUGACAUGGUUUUCAAGUGUUAUGUUGCUCUUUUGACAGUUGCUCUGGCUAGAUAGCGUCAAGUAACCAAAAAUAUGAGCUAAAAAAGCUAACUGUAAUAUGCUAACAAUAGCAUUCUUACAGUUUAUUUUUUAAUUAUUUUGUUAAA